CCCGCGCUCCCCCCGCAGUUUCUUGUUGCAGCAGCAGCAGGAGGAGGAGGAGGAGGAGAAGGGGGCAGGAAGGGAUGGCCGGGGGUGCAGAAGAGAAGCCCUUCAACUUCCUUCAGAUUCUGUGUGAGGGCGUCAUUGCCGGUGGAACUGCUGGUGUUGUGGUGGAAACGGCUCUGUACCCGAUCGAUACAAUCAAAACCAGGCUUCAGGCUGCUCGGGGAGGAAGUCAAAUUCAAUGGAAAGGAUUGUAUUCUGGAUUAGCUGGGAAUAUUGCCGGUGUACUCCCGGCUUCUGCUGUAUUUGUGGGAAUAUAUGAACCAACAAAAAGAAAACUACUGGAGACUUUUCCUGAAAAUUUGAGUGCUGUUGCCCAUUUUACUGCUGGGGCUAUUGGAGGAAUUGCAGCUUCUCUCAUUCGUGUCCCCACAGAGGUUGUCAAACAAAGAAUGCAAACUGGUCAAUUCAGGUCUGCACCUGAUGCUGUCCGUCUCAUUGUUGGUAAAGAAGGAUUCAAAGGUCUUUAUGCUGGAUAUGGAUCAUUUCUACUUCGAGAUCUGCCCUUUGAUGCCAUUCAAUUCUGUAUAUAUGAGCAACUUCGAAUUGGUUACAAACUUAUGGCUAAGAGGGAGCUGAAUGAUCCAGAGAAUGCACUUAUUGGUGCUUUUGCCGGUGCCAUUACUGGGGCUAUAACAACACCACUCGAUGUGAUGAAGACGCGAUUGAUGGUUCAGGGAUCAGCGAACCAAUACUCUGGAAUUGUAAGCUGCGCCCAAACAAUCUUGAGGGAGGAAGGACCUGGGGCGUUCUUGAAGGGAAUUGAGCCGCGAGUGCUGUGGAUCGGCAUCGGCGGGUCCAUCUUCUUCGGCGUGCUGGAGAAGACCAAGUCCUUGCUCGCCGAGAGGAGGAGCCGCGAGCCGCCAACCGUAAAGGAUGAUUGAGCCGCCAUGGAUUGGGAUGCUUCAAGUUAGUUUCCUGUUUUGACGAGUUUACAUGAGACGUCGGUUUCUCUGAGGAAGAAAGCCGGUGUCUCUCUGCACUAUGCAAUGCGAUUGGGAUGAUUCAUUUCCCAUUUUGUUUCAUUAGUUCUGUUUUUGAGCUUCUGUUCAGAUAAUACUAGUGCAUUCUAUUCUCAUCCUGCGGUUCCACCGUUGAGAACUAAUCCCUCGGUUCCAUAUUAUAAGAUUUUGUCUAGUUUAAUCUAUAUAUCAAUGUAUAUGUUUUGUAUGUACGUUUAGAUU